CAACUUACCCUUGCUAAAUCCAAUUGUCUUACUUUGGCACUUACAUUUUCUGCUAGUUCAUUAGUAUGUCUAAUCAUAUUAGAAAACUUUUCUCCUUCUGUUCUUAUCACAACAACAUUAGUGUAAAUGAAAAUUCACCAAUGACAACGCCUUUAAGGUGUUCUACACAUGCACCGAAACAUCCCACGCAUCGCGCGUGGUUUCUGAAGGAAGUUGAGUUCUUUCCGCGCAUCUUACGCGUUUUCCUGAAGGAAAAUGGCUACCAGCUGUCAUUUAAUCGAAAAAAAAGCAGGAUGGGUUCGAGUCAACAAUUUUCUCUUAGGUGGAAUAAUUACUUAAAACAUAUUACUUGUGCUUUUGACACAUUAAGAACAGAAGAAGAUCUUGUUGAUGUGACUUUAAGUUGCGAAGGAAAAAGGAUAAGAGCACACAAAAUGUUGUUGUCCGCAUGUAGUACAUAUUUUAGAGAUUUAUUUAAGGAAAAUCCAUGUCAGCAUCCUGUUAUAAUAUUUCGUAAUGUAAAAUUUGAUGAUUUGGCUGCAUUAGUAGAUUUUAUGUAUCAGGGUGAAGUAAACGUGGUUCAGGAGCAGUUAGCCAGUUUUUUAACGACUGCUGAACUACUUGCUGUUCAGGGUCUUACCGAUGGUACAGGAAAAGAUAAUGAUAGUUUAGUAGAGGAUGACAUAGAAAUUCCUAAUGAACCUGAAAUUCAACUUCAAAAUGCUUCUAGCAAAACAGCAACAGACAAGAGAAAUAAGUCACCUUCAUCUCCAAUGCCUUAUCACGCUGUCGAUUUACAACCUGAUGCACCGCCAAGUAAACGACGAAAAUGUAGAGAAAACGCAAAUACAAAUGCGGAUAAGACUAUAAGUAAUGCUUUGUCUGCAAAAGAUUCUGAAAACAAAACUUCAGAAAAUCAAUCAACGACUGGCUCGGAUCCUGUUGAAAUAAUUCCAUUAAUGCCAAAUUUAAAGUUGGAAAUGCCUGAAUAUCUAGUACAAGAUGGAAGUAGCUGUAGUUACGAAGAACAAAGUUUAGGAGACAGUUCACUAAAUAAAAUUGGUAUAGAAGAUACAUCAUCCAAUACUCCUGAUCAUGAUCAGAAGCCUGAUAUCACUCAAACAUUCUACUCAAGUAAUCAGUCUACUUCAGAUAGCUUGGAUCUCAAACAUCAAACAACUGAUGUUGGAGGGAUUACGUACGUAUCUGGUCAGCCGCAUAGCCUCAGCAAAGCAAACGGCCACGGAAAAGUAUGUGUACACUGCAAGCAGCGCGGAAUGGUCACAUCACAACGAGCAGGAGAUACCGCAGGGGGCGGGGGUGGUAGCGCCUGUCCUGCAACCGCGGACCUCGUCUCGGACGAUGACUACGGUCAGUCCACGGAUACAGAAUUAUUGUUUCGCUGUAGAAUUUGUUGGAAAGGUUUCAAGCAUCCGAUGUCGUUGACACUGCACAAGGACUUGCAUACCGGGCAAACCAGGUGCCCGAUUUGUCAGCGCAUCUUCAGUCGAAGUUACGACAUGAAGGCACAUUUGCUGCGCAUCCACAAGUGCACGUUCAGUGUCGACGCUAAGUUGAACUUUCGAAAG